CAACAGAAAAAAAAAAUGGCAAUCUCUUUGCUCUGUCUUUUUCUCAUCACCUUCGUUUCGUUAACCAUUGUUGGCUGCAAGAUCAAACGCUCUAUAUGGAAUCUUCCCCCAAGCCCUCCUAAGUUACCGGUCAUCGGAAACUUACACCAAGUUGGAGAAUUGCCUCACAGGUCAUUUCGACGUCUAGCCGAAAGAACCGGACAUGUUAUGCUUCUUCACUUAGGGUUUGUCCCUGUAACUGUUAUCUCAUCGAGAGAAGCAGCUGAAGAAGUUCUUAGAACUCAUGACCUAGACUGUUGCAGCAGGCCUAACCUUGUGGGGUCUAGGCUAAUCUCUCGGGGUUUUAAAGAUCUCAAUUUUACUCCAUAUGGUGAAGAGUGGAAGGAGCGACGUAGGUUCUUGGUUGGUGAGCUUUUCUGUUCUAAAAAGCUUCAGUCUUUUAUAUAUAUCAAAGAAGUAGAAUGUAACUUUCUGGUCAAGAAACUGUCGGAAUCAGCAGUGGAUCAAUCUCCAGUCGAUUUGAGCAAAACCCUUUUCUGGCUAGCUGCGAGUAUCCUGUUUAGAGUUGCUUUUGGACAGAGUUUCCACGAGAGUGAGUUUACCGAUACAGACAAGAUCGAUGAACUUGUAUUUGAAACCGAGACAGCUCAAGGUAGUUUCACUUGCUCUGAUUUCUUCCCUAUCGCCGGACUUGGAUGGCUUGUUGACUGGAUUUCCGGACAACACAAGAGGCUCAACGAUGUUUUCCUCAAGCUCGAUGCUCUGUUACAGCAUGUGAUUGAUGAUCAUUCAAACCCUGGAAGAUCGAAAGAUCACAAAGAUAUUGUCGAUGUGAUGUUGGAUGUGAUGCAUAAACAAGGCAAAGAUGAUUCUUUGAGGCUCACAAUAGAUCAUAUUAAGGGGCUUCUCACGAAUAUAAUAAUCGCAGGGAUAGACACAGGAGCUCUGACCAUGAUAUGGACAAUGACAGAGCUCGCUAGAAACCCCGAAAUAAUGAAGAAAGUUCAAGGCGAGAUCCGAGAUCGCCUUGGCAACAAUAGGGAGAGAAUUACCAAAGAAGAUCUUGAUAAAGUUCCUUUCUUGAACUUGGUGAUCAAGGAAACAUUCAGAUUACACCCAGUAGCUCCUCUUUUGCUCCCACGGGAAACAAUGGCUCACGUCAAGGUUCAAGGCUAUGAUAUUCCUCCCAAGAGACGGAUCUUGGUCAACGCUUGGGCGAUAGGAAGAGAUCCUAAACUAUGGACUGACCCGGAAGAGUUUAAGCCCGAGAGGUUUAUCGAUAGCCCUGUGGACUAUAGAGGACAACAUUUUGAGCUCUUACCGUUCGGGUCUGGACGAAGGAUAUGUCCCGGGAUGGCGAUGGGGAUGGCUACUCUGGAAUUGGGACUCUUGAACUUACUUUACUUCUUCGAUUGGAAGUUGCCUGAUGGGAUGUCACAUAAAGAUAUCGAUACUGAAGAAGCUGGUACUCUUACAGUCGUUAAGAAAGUACAUCUAAAGCUUGUUCCAGUUCGAGUUCCAUGA